AUUCCAGAAAUGCUGAAAUACAUCCGCCCCCAACAAACAGUUUGAACCCAUGCAGUGUGUGUUUGUGAUUCAUAGUUGUUCUCGUUUUUCAUGUCUGAACACACACGGACAAACACAGACAUGACAGGAGCAGCUCAAUACAGUACAGUGGCAAUGAUCCCCCGCAGUGCAUGGAAGGCAGUGGAUGUUCAGAUCAGAGAAAGAUUACACAAACCUGCUGACAAGCUUAUUAUCCAUCACACGGCACUGUGGAGCUGCUGGAGUCAGACACAGAGCAUCUCUCAGCUAAUACACAUUCAGCACCUACACAUCCACGAGCGCAGCUUCACAGACAUUGGCUACAAUUUUUUGGUAGACCAGACUGGUGUGGUGUAUGAAGGUCGUGGCUGGGGCAUCGUGGGAGCACAUGCAAAAACACAUAACCAUGACUCUGUCGGUGUUGCUUUUAUGGGCAACUUUAAUGAUGAGUCGCCAAGCUUACAGGCUUUGUCAGCUGUGCGUGCUUUGAUCCAGCAUGGAGUGGCCAAGGGAUAUUUACAGCCCAACUUUGUGAUUUUGGGACACAGAGACAUUGCAGACACACAGUGUCCAGGAGAGAAGCUGUAUUCCUCACUACACACACUCAAGACACCAAUAAAUCACACGUUCUGAAGGUU